UCAUGCUGCUGCCAGGUCCAGAGUCUCUCAUGGGUCCCUGUACGGCCUCCCAUUGCUGCUGUCUCCAUCGCCACACUCUGCCAUGUGCCACUUUCAGGUCUCCUCACACUGCUGGUGUGUUCAAUUUUUUGACAUAGGGUGCUGGCAGAUUACGGGCCUCCCAUAGCUGCUGCCAGGCCCCUAAUCUGCCAUGGGCCCCUAUACCGCCUCCUCAUGCUGCUGCCAGGUCCAGAGUCUCUCAUGGGUCCCUGUACGGCCUCCCAUUGCUGCUGUCUCCAUCGCCACACUCUGCCAUGUGCCA